AUGGGGCACCCAGCCGGUCGUCUUUGCGUGCCCGGUGGGCACCCCAGGGGCCUGGGGAUUGGAUGCCCAGCGCCAGUGGCGGCUGGCACCCUGGGGGGCGCCAAUUGGGUGUCCCAAGCGGCCCGCGGGCCGCCCCAGGCCCACAGACCCUUCCACACUUCCACGACAGUCUUGUUCAGGUUCUUCCUCUUUCCCAGUUUCUCCAAGCAAGUUCUGCCCGCCCAAGGGACCAGCAGCUGCUUCGGGAGACUCAAAGUCAACAUGUCUCUGCAAGCGUCGCAAGCGGCGAACGGAGUUCAGCAGGUCGCAAGUAUCGCCCUCCAGCAGACCCCGCCUGUCAACUACGGCCUUCACUUGGAGGAAGGUACGGUUGGGGCGGGGUUCAUGGGAGUGUACCCACCAAGUACGCCAGAGAAGUACCGGUUCUUCCAAGACAACGUCACAUUCAAGACACCCUUCACCAAGCCGCCUAUCGUGCACAUCGCACUUUCCAAUCUGGAGCUUACUGUCUUCAGAGUCGAAGAAGGACUGUCUGUUUAUGUGUUCCCGGAGAAUGUGACCACCACCGGCUUCACCGCCACCUUCCGUGCCCUGGAAACGACUUCGGCGUACGGCACCCAAGCACGCUGGCUGGCGAUCGGUAGCAGCAACUAG